UUUUUUUGUUCCGUUUCAUAAAAAACAAAAUAACAUUAUAAUCUGUCUGAAAAACAUUUCGGAUAAAAAAAUAAAAACAAUGUUUAUGUUUUUUCUUUUGUAAACUUCUCUCUGUCUGUUUUCUGAAGCUUACUACGAACAGAUCCCUAUUUCUUCAUUUUUCUGCUCAUUCGAUCUUCACGAUCACGUUUUCUGACAUUCUCGUUUUCGAUUUCAUCUCUUUUUCUUAUAACCCUUUUGUCUCUUCUAUUAAAUUAUCAUCUCAAAAUUCGAACUUGCUUUCAACUUCAUCGAUUGCUCUGUUUCUUCAAAACUCAAUUUGCAAUUAGGGUUUAUGAGAAGGAAUGAUUAUUAAGAGGAACUUGAAAUCUCAAAUGCCGAGUUUGAAACGGUGUAAACUCGCUGACUCAGUUGGUGAUGAUGAAGAGUGUUCUUAUGCUCGUAAGAAGAAAAAAACUAACGGUUAUUAUUAUCCUUUGAAUCUUCUAGGUGAUGUUGCUGCUGGGUUAACUCCGGUGAGUUUUCAUGGUUUGUUGAGUGGUGUAUCGGAGAAGGGAUUCUCUACGUUGUGGUGCAGCCAAGUUCCGUGUUCCCCUAGUGAAGUUGAAUCGAACUCGAAGGAGGAAAUGGUUGCGGUGAAGAAGAAACGGGUUCAAAGACCACCAUUAGUGAGAACUUCGAGAGGGCGAGUUCAGGUUCUUCCUUCCCGGUUUAAUGACUCUGUUCUUGAUAAUUGGAAGAAGGAUGGUAAGACUAGCUUGCGUGAUUUUGAAGUUGAAGAUGAAUUUGAAUGCAAGAAGGACAGGGUAGUACAGAAAAUUUGCAAUGGCAAUGUUAGAAAAGGGCGAAACAAUGAGAAAAUCGGUUAUAAGCAACGUAAGUAUUCGGCAUUGUGUAGGGAUGAUGAUGUUGGUGUGAGUAUGAGGUAUAAGAGUUUUGGUAGAAGGAAGAAUUCAGUUUUGGAUGUAGAUGAAGUUGAUUUGAUGAUGUGCAGUGAUGAUGAAGUUGAUUUGAAUGAGACUAAAGGAGAGAAGAAAGAUGGGUUGUAUGGACCAGAAGAUUUUUAUGCAAGUGAUAUAGUGUGGGCCAAAGCUGGAAGGAAGGAACCUUUUUGGCCAGCUAUUGUUAUUGAUCCUUUGAAACAGGCACCUGAGCUGGUCUUGAGGUCUGUUAUAAUCGAUGCUGCCUGUGUCAUGUUUCUUGGCAAUGCAGGGAAUGAAAAUCAAAGGGACUAUGCAUGGGUGAAGCAUGGCAUGAUCUUUCCAUUUAUGGAUUAUGUCGACAGGUUUCAAGAGCAGCCUGAAUUGAGUAACUAUAGUCCCUCUGACUUCCAAAUGGCAAUAGAGGAGGCAUUUUUGGCAGACCAAGGCUUUACAGAGAAGUUGAUGGAUGAUAUAAAUGCUGCAGCUGGUGACACUGGUUAUGAUGAUACUAUUCUGAAAUCCUCCUUGCACGAAGUCCGUGGUUCAAACCAGUAUGGAGGAGCAGGAAAGCAUUUUCUUAAACAGGAUUUAUUUGAUAAGAAAGACUCAAGAUCAUGUGAAGCCUGUGGAUUGGCUCUUCCUUACAAGAUGUCAAAGAAAAUUAAGGGUUUGACUCCUAAUGGUCAACUCCUAUGUAAAACAUGUACAAGGUUAACGAAAUCCAAACAUUAUUGUGGCAUAUGCAAGAAAGUAUCAAAUCAUUCGGAUAGUGGAAGCUGGGUACGCUGUGAUGGAUGUAAAGUGUGGGUGCAUGCCGAAUGUGACAAAAUUUCUAGUAACCAUUUCAAGGAUCUUGAAACCACCGAUUAUUUCUGCCCUACGUGCAGAGGGAAGUUUGACUUUGAGUUAUCUGAUUCAGAAUACACAAAGCCAAAAGUCAAAUCGAGCAGAAACAGUGAGCAGUUAGUGCUUUCAAAUAAGGUCAAUGUUCUCUGCAAUGGUGUGGAAGGCAUAUAUUUUCCAAGCCUACACUUAGUUGUGUGCAAGUGUGGUUUUUGUGGGACAGAAAAGCAAGCGCUUAGUGAAUGGGAACGACACACAGGUUCCAAGCUAAGAGAUUGGAAAACAAGUAUUACUGUGAAAGACUCUAGGCUACCUCUGGAACAAUGGAUGCUGAAGGUUGCAGAAUGUCAUGCUAAAACUCAAGUUUCUGUCAAACCUAAAAAACCUUCUUUAAAGGAAAGGAAGCAGAAGUUGCUUACCUUCUUGAAAGAGAAGUAUGAACCUGUUUAUGCUAAGUGGACUACAGAGCGCUGUGCUGUUUGUAGAUGGGUUGAAGACUGGGACUACAAUAAAAUUAUCAUUUGCAACAGAUGUCAAAUAGCUGUUCACCAAGAAUGCUAUGGAGCAAAAAAUGUUCGAGACUUUACAUCCUGGGUCUGUAAGGCCUGUGAAACACCUGACAUCAAGCGGGAGUGUUGUCUUUGUCCUGUAAAAGGUGGUGCUCUAAAGCCAGCCGAUAUUGACACGUUAUGGGUUCAUGUCACCUGUGCUUGGUUUCGACCUGAAGUCUCGUUCGCUAGUGAUGAGAAGAUGGAACCUGCUUUGGGUAUUCUUAGUAUUCCAUCAAAUUCUUUUGUGAAGAUUUGUGUUAUUUGCAAGCAAAUACAUGGUUCGUGCACACAGUGCUGCAAAUGUUCCACUUAUUUCCAUGCCAUGUGUGCAUCAAGGGCUGGUUACCGAAUGGAGUUGCAUUGUUUGAAGAAAAAUGGAAAGCAGACUACAAAAAUGGUUUCGUAUUGUGCUUACCACAGAGCUCCAAAUCCCGACAAUGUUUUGAUUUUGCAAACCCCUCUCGGGGUAAUUUCAACCAAAAGCCUUCUUCAAAAGAGAAAAGUUGGGUCAAGGUUAAUCUCGUCUGCCAGAAUAGAGAAAGAAGAUAAUCCUAUUGAUAUCACUGAGCUUGACCCAUUCUCUGCUGCUCGGUGUCAGAUCUUUAAAAGAACAAAUCAUACCAGAAAGAGAGCAGCGGAUGAAGCCAUUUUUCAUCUAGCGAGGGGUCACUCCCACCAUCCUUUAGAUACAAUUCAGAGUUUAAAUACAUACAGAGCAGUAGUAGAGGAGCCUCAAGCUUUCGCUUCUUUCAGAGAACGCCUUUACCACUUGCAGAGGACCGAAAAUGGACGGGUUUGCUUUGGUAGAUCUGGCAUACAUGGAUGGGGCCUCUUUGCACGUAGGAAUAUUCAAGAAGGAGAAAUGGUUCUUGAAUAUCGCGGCGAACAAGUAAGGCGCAGUGUUGCUGAUCUGAGGGAAGCACGCUAUAGAGCAGAAGGGAAAGACUGCUACUUGUUUAAGAUAAGCGAAGAAGUGGUCGUAGAUGCCACCGAUAAAGGGAAUAUAGCACGGCUAAUAAAUCAUUCUUGUAUGCCAAAUUGCUAUGCAAGGAUCAUGAGUGUGGGUGAUGAUGAGAGCCGAAUUGUACUCAUCGCUAAGACGAACGUAUCUGCUGGUGAUGAGCUAACUUAUGACUACUUGUUUGAUCCUGAUGAGCCAGAUGAAUUCAAAGUCCCCUGCAUGUGUAAAGCUCCAAAUUGCCGAAAAUUCAUGAAUUAGGAAGUAUUAUAUAUACAAAAAAUGAAGAUCAUAGGACAACAAGUAUUGUUUCUUCUACAUAAGGAGCAAGCACUAACCCAUCCCCUCUUCUACAGGGGAAAUCUCUCAGUUACACUAAAGCUGUAAUUUUGUUAAAACGAGGAGAACAACAAAAGUAGGGACCAAAAGACAAAACAAAAGAAAACAAACAUAGUUUUUUGUGGUUUUCUUUUCCCUUUGGGACAUUAAUCAAAAGUCUAAUAAAGUUAUUAAGAUUUAGCAGCAUUUGGCUCUGUAAAUGUAUAAGCCGAUAUUAAUUUUAUUUUAUUUACGUAAAUUUAAUGAUAGCCAUUUUCUUCCCGA